UUUUUUGAAAAAGUUAAACGUCACCAAAAAAUUCAGAGACGAAGAUGAGAUUUCUUCUCAAAAUGUCAGGUGUGAGGACGUUCCAAAAUAAAAUUUCAGAUUAAUCCGACCCGUUAAGUAACGGAUCCAAAUCGAGAGAUAUUGAGCUUAUCACUGUUAAACAUCUUUCUUGCUCGAAGACACCACCGGUAGGCUGUAGCUACUAGGUAGUCGGCUCCUCUCUCCUUUUCUCUUUCUCUCCCCUUAUCGCUCCCGAAAACUCGGUAGGAUAAGACGCUAACAUUUUAAUUUAAAACGCAUAUACGAGCUGAGUGAAGCAAUAAUCGGUGAGUAAUGGCACACUCAUUUGUCUCCUCCUCGGCCUCCUCUCCCAGAUUCAGUUCCCUCGGCUUCUCUCCAAACCCUAACACCACUCUCGAUUCUCAGAAGUCUUCUCUCCCCGUCGGUUCCCUUCAUUCCAGGACGUUGAGAAAGCUUAGUAGUAGAAAGAAUUUUCAGCUAUCACCAGCAAAGGCUGUUUACUCUGGUGACUUGUGGGCGCCUGGGAAAAGUUCUCGACAAGGGAUCUGGUCAAUAAGGGAUGAUUUGGAAAUACCUUUGUCACCGUACUUCCCUGCAUAUGCUAACGGACAAGGUCAAGCGCAAGGGCCACCUCCAAUGGUGCAUGAGAGAUUCCAGAGCGUUGUUAGUCAGCUUUUUCAAUACAGAAUUAUACGCUGUGGUGGAGCUGUUGAUGAUGAUAUGGCAAAUAUUAUUGUUGCUCAGCUUCUCUACCUUGAUGCAGUUGAUCCUAACAAGGAUAUUGUAAUGUAUGUAAAUUCUCCAGGAGGAUCAGUUACAGCUGGUAUGGCGAUAUUUGACACAAUGAGGCAUAUCCGACCUGAUGUAUCCACUGUCUGUGUAGGAUUGGCAGCUAGGCAAGGGGGGAAAUGCUCCUUAGAAUACUCUAGUUGUUGCUUGGUGCACUUCAUAUCUACGCUUACUAAUGUGUGUGCUUCUAACAGUAUGGGAGCUUUCUUGCUUAGUGCUGGGACCAAAGGGAAAAGAUACAGCUUGCCAAACUCAAGGAUAAUGAUCCAUCAGCCUCUUGGUGGAGCGCAAGGUGGACAAUCUGACAUAGAUAUCCAGGCAAAUGAAAUGCUGCAUCAUAAGGCAAACCUAAAUGGGUAUCUCGCCUACCACACUGGUCAAAGUCUUGAGAAGAUCAACCAGGAUACGGAUCGUGAUUACUUCAUGAGCGCAAAGGAAGCCACGGACUAUGGCCUUAUUGAUGGUGUCAUCACAAAUCCUCUCAAGGCCCUCCAGCCACUCUCUGCUGCACCACAUCAACAGUGACCCUCUUUUUUGCCAUGAUUGAAAUAUCCUGUUCUCCCACUAAAACCAAAAAAAAUUUUUUUUUAUUCUAUUGCUUUUGAGUUUUUGUUUUUAAAUAAAUACCCUUUUAAUUUUCUCAUAUUUUAAUCAUGUAAAAUGCUAAUCCGCACAUUUCAAUUUUUUAAAGAGUAGAAAUUUUUAAAUUUUGAAAUAAAAGUUGUUUAUAAUUAA